UACAUUUUCCCUUCAGUCAAAAAGUUAUUAAGCACUGAAUUGUACCACACGAUCAGAACAAGACAGAAUUUCGCUUGAUUUUCUUCUAUUUUUUAAGACUUUGUUUUGUAUCUUUCUGUUUUAUUUUCCCUAAUUGUCAGAGAUAAUGGCGAGGUCUUCCUCGUCGACUGCUGCGGCGACAGCGACGGCCUUGCCGGCUAUCAAGCCGGAUGACUACGCUCACAGCCCGGUUCACUAUGCUGUUGCGUUGCGUGACCAUUCUACCUUGACAAGACUCGUCGCUAACGUACCUAGGCUCGCUGAUCCUGCUGAAAUUCGGACUGAGGCUGAGUCGUUGUGUCAGGAGCGAGUCGCGGAUCAGAUCUCCGCCGUUCUCGACCGUCGUGACGUUCCGUUCCGAGAGACUCCUCUCCACCUUGCUGUGCGCCUUAAUGACACGUUCGCUGCUAAAACCCUUGCAGCCGCCGGAGCGGAUGUUUCGCUACAGAACGCGGCGGGAUGGAACCCCUUGCAGGAGGCACUUUGUCGCCGGAGCUCUGACAUUGCGUUGAUUCUUGUCCGGCUUCACCACCGGUCUGCUUGGUCAAAGUGGCGGCGCCGACUCCCACGCGUAAUUGCUGUGCUUCGCAGGAUGCGAGACUUCUACAUGGAGAUCUCCUUCCACUUCGAGAGCUCUGUAAUCCCGUUCGUCGGCAAAAUCGCUCCCUCCGACACAUACAAGAUCUGGAAGCGCGAUGGAAACCUCCGCGCCGAUACCUCCCUUGCCGGUUUUGACGGCUUGAAGAUACAGCGGGCCGACCAGAGCUUCCUCUUCCUCGGCGAUGGCGAUCAGGUUCACAAUGUCCCUUCUGGCUCCCUGCUCGUCCUCAACCGGGACGAACGCAAAAUUUUCGACGCCUUUGAGAACGCCGGCGCUCCGAUGAGCGAAUCCGACAUUGCCGGGUUUUGCUCGCAGACCAGCGUGUACAGACCCGGAAUGGAUGUCACUAAGGCAGAGCUCGUCGGGAGGACGAACUGGCGACGGCAAGAGAAGACGGAAAGUGUCGGGGAGUGGAAAGCAAAAGUCUACGAAGUCCACAACGUGACUUUCAGUUUCAGGUCCAGAAAGGUCACGACAAGUGAAAACGACGUCGCAGGAAGUGAACAAGUACUACCGUUGGAGCUAGACGAAGACGACGACGGGUUCUUGGUCGCAGAGAAUCCGAAUUUCGGACUCCUACCACCUCCCCCUGAUCGGAGACGUCACAGCAGCUUCGUGAGGGAAGACAGAGAUUGGAUUUCAGUGGGGAGGAAGAGCGUGGACGUGUACCCGUCUUCAAUCCCACAUCAUCCGCCGAGAAGAUCAUCGGCGGCGGCUUUAGCAGUUCCUGUGUCGGUACCGGUGGCGCCGGCGCCGCAGACGAAGGAGAAAGAGUACGUUAGGAGUUUACGACCGUCGGUUUGGUUAACGGAGCAGUUUCCGCUAAAGACGGAAGAGCUUCUGCCAUUACUCGACAUUUUAGCCAACAAAGUUAAAGCAGUGAGGAGGAUGCGCGAGUUGCUGACCACCAGCUUUCCGCCGGCAACUUUUCCGGUGAAGAUUGCAAUUCCUGUGGUCCCUACAGUGAGGGUGGUGAUCACGUUCACAAAAUUUGUGGAGUUACAGCCAAUUGAACAGUUCUACACUCCACUCUCAAGCCCUAGACUCCUUGCAAAUGGAGGUAGAAGCCAAGGAGAUGAAGACCAAAAAUCAAACACCCAUUACUCAUCAUGGCUAUCUUCUUCGUCUUCGUCGUCAUCGUCUUCGUUCUCGACAUCAACAUGGCUUCGACGGAAUAAUUCUCAAUCCGUAUCGACGAGCAAACAGCCAAACGGAUUUUCUUCUACUACAGCCGAUCCAUUUGCCAUACCGAGUGGGUAUACAUGGACAAGCGUGGAUGACAACAAGUCAGCGAAAAUGAAGAAAUCGAAGUCUACCAGGAGAUCGACGACCAAGCAAGGAAGGUGAAUUUGACUUGAGUAGGGAA